AUGUUUGUCGUGGGGAAUAUCUACGCAAUCGCGGCUGUGUCCGUCAUUGGUGGUGGGCUGUUUGGCUUUGAUAUCUCGUCCAUGUCGGCGAUUAUCAGUACUCCUGCCUACAAAUGUUACUUUAACCACGGGCCUAAGGGUCCUCCGUUCAAUGAUGACAACGACUGCUCUGGUCUUAGCUCGCUGGAGCAGGGUGGUGUCACUGCUGCUAUGCCCGGUGGCUCCUGGCUUGGAGCUCUGAUUUCUGGUUUCAUUUCGGAUCGUCUGGGUCGCAAGUAUGCCAUCAUGGUUGGUUGUGUUAUCUGGGUUAUUGGUUCCAUUAUUAUUUGUGCUUCCCAGAAUAUGGGUAUGCUCGUCGCCGGUCGUGUGAUCAACGGUCUCAGUGUCGGUAUCGAGUCUGCCCAGGUCCCUGUCUAUAUCUCAGAGAUUUCACCUCCCUCUAAGCGUGGUCGUCUCGUCGGCUCUCAGCAGUGGGCUAUUACAUGGGGUAUUCUCAUCAUGUACUAUAUCUCCUUCGGUUGCUCCUACAUUGGAGGCCCCAACGCGACCGACUACAGCGAAUCAGUUUUCCGUAUCCCCUGGGGUAUUCAAAUGGUGCCCGCCGUCCUUCUCUUCUUCGGAAUGAUGAUCCUCCCCGAAUCCCCCCGUUGGCUAGCCCGCAAUGACCGCUGGGAAGAAGCCCAAUCCGUGCUGACUCUAGUCCACGGCAAAGGCGACCCCAACAGUCCUUUCGUCAUGGCCGAGAUGCAGGAAAUUCGCGAUAUGUGCGAAUUCGAGCGUGAGAACAAGGAUGUGUCCUAUAUGGAGCUCUUCCGCCCCAAGAUGAUUCACCGUACCAUGACCGGUAUCUGGUGCCAGAUCUGGUCGCAGCUCACCGGCAUGAACGUCAUGAUGUACUACAUUACCUACGUCUUCUCCAUGGCCGGCUACGAAGGCAACGCCACCCUCCUCGCCUCCUCCAUCCAGUACAUCAUCAACGUUGUCAUGACCGUCCCUGCCCUGAUCUGGGUCGACCGCUGGGGUCGUCGCCCUACCCUCCUCGUCGGUGCCACUCUCAUGAUGAUCUGGAUGUUCGCCAACGCAGGUAUCAUGGGAAAAUACGGUAUUGUCGUGCCGGGCGGUAUCAAGGGUGUUGCCGAGGAGUCGAUGAGACUCUCCGGUGCCCCCGCCCAGGGUCUCAUCGCCUGCACAUACCUCUUCGUCGCUUCCUACGCACCAACCUGGGGUCCCGUCUCAUGGGUCUACCCUCCUGAGCUGUACCCUCUGCGCGUGCGAGGCAAGGCUGUCGCGUUGGCUACAUCGGCCAACUGGGCGUUCAACACUGCACUUGGUCUGUUUGUGCCGUCUGCAUUUGCCAACAUCCGCUGGCAGACUUACAUCAUCUUUGGUGUCUUCUUGUUUGUUAUGCUGCUUCAUGUUUACUUCCUCUUCCCUGAGACUGCUGGUAAGACUCUUGAGGAGACGGAGCAGAUCUUUGAGGAUCCUCAUGGAAUUCCUUAUAUUGGAACUCCUGCAUGGAAGACCACUCAUGAUACUAAGCGCACUGUUGCUGCCGAGUCUGGAGAUGUUGAGGCUCUUGGGGAGAAGUUGGCUAGUAGCGAGAAGCGCGGUGCUUUGCAUGCCGAGGUUGUUCCCAAGACCGACUAG